CGAUUACGGGCCAAAACUAGAGUUUGUUGCUUUUUCUCAUGCUUGAUUGAUUCGUUUGUCCUUCUUCUUCUCUUUCUCUUUCUCUGGAUUUCAACAGAUUGAUCCAAGUCCAAGAUAAAUGGGUAUUCUACUUUGUUGUUUUCAAAUUCCGGAGUACAAUGAUGAAUCUCUAAACGUACCAAGAAUCAGAGCCUUCACUAACCCAAUAACUAAUAACUUUUCCCCCAAGCUCGAGCAAAUAUUUCAAAGCUUAGAAAGAGAGGAAAUUUCCACUGUCGCCGACGAAGAAGACGUUUGUCCGACAUGUUUCUAUGAGUAUAUUGAUGAAAACCCGAAGAUAGUUUUGCAAUGUGGACAUAUCUUUCACCUUGCAUGCAUCUAUGAAUGGAUGGAGAGAAGUGAAGUUUGUCCCUUUUGUUCCAAGACAAUGCUUUUCUUGGAGGGUGAAGAAAUUACACAGCAGGUGGAGUAAUUAUAAUAAGAGAUAUCAUCAUAUUCUUUUCUGCGGCUACAAUUUCUAUUCUUUAACCAUAAAAAAAAAUUGAGUGUUUGGAAGAUUGUGAUCAAAUUCUUUUUGCCUUCUUGCCUGAAAAAUGAUCAAUUAAUUUCAUUGUGGUGUUUAUGAGACCUAGGCCCCGUUUGUUUGAUCAUUUGACAUUUACAUCCAAAUGAUCCA